AUGACUGACGCCAAAAGCGUAGCAACCAUGGAGGUGCCAGAGGGGAAGUUAAUGAAAAAGGGUUCUAUCAAGAAGAAGAUCGAGUCGUUGAGGCGAUGGAGUUCAGCAAGCAUGAAGAGGCAUCCAAAGCAAAAGGCCAAGACCUUGAGUCUGUCUUCCCCCGUGGAGAACCCCGAGGACCUCUGGCUGAAGGAGGGGGACAGGAGAAAGCUGCGACCCAUCGUGGACUCGGUCUUUGGACAGGGAGAGUCGCAAGUAGAACGAGGUAGCACCCCAAUGGCUGCCACCACCCUGGGGGGCCUGGAAGGUGCAGGUGAAGCAGACACGGAUGAAGAGGAGGAAGGAGGGAGCGAGCAAGAGUUUGAGGAGCCUCUGUGUGCUCUGGUUAAGAACUGCAACAUGCUGCACAACUUAGUGGGGCCCGCUUGUAUCUUCCUCAGACAGAGCUUCGCUCAGAGCCAACUUGACAGAGAUCUUCGACCAGAGGAGAUGGAAGAGCUCCGUGAGGCAUUCAGGGAGUUCGACAAAGACAAGGAUGGCUUCAUCAGCUGUAAAGACUUGGGCGAGUGCAUGAGGACUAUGGGAUACAUGCCCACAGAGAUGGAACUGAUUGAACUCAGCCAGCAGAUCUGUGGCGGCAGAGUGGACUUUGAGGACUUUGUGGAACUGAUGGGUCCUAAGAUGCUUGCUGAAACUGCAGAUAUGAUUGGAGUUAAGGAGCUAAGGGAUGCAUUCAAGGAGUUUGACUCUGAUGGUGACGGUCAGAUCAGUCUCGGAGAGCUGAGGGAAGCCAUGAAGAAGCUAAUGGGGGAGCAGCUCAACCACAGAGAGAUUGACGAGAUCCUGCGAGACGUGGAUCUCAACGGGGAUGGACAGGUGGACUUUGAAGAGUUCGUGCGAAUGAUGUCUCGCUGACUCCUCACCAAACGUCUCACUACUGCACUAAAUACGACAAGGACCAGACUGCACACUGUUAAUAUAUGUGUCAUUCUUCUUGAUGUACAAACAUGUAUUGAUGUCUGUGUUACUUUUUCAGUUACUUCCAUUAUUUCUCAAAAAUAAAAAUAUUUCUUAAAUGUGUUACUGCUAUAAGAAAGCAAUAUAUAUAUUUAAAAUGUGAUGAGAGAUGUUCGGGUGACGACUCUGAGAUGGAGAAUAUUUAACAAACGCUGAAUUAAAUGGCAAUAUGUCUUUUCCGAGAACUACAUACCAGCAAUACACUAUAUGCAGUAUCUUUAUAUUUAUAUAUACAUUUAGAGCAUUUUUAUGAUGCCAUAUCUAAAAUCUAAAUCAAGAAGUGUUAUGACUGUGACUUUGUGAUGUUACUUUAGUGUAGAUAGCAGAAGUACAAACUGCCCCACAGAUUCAUAAUGUGAUAAAUCAUUUUAACUUCACUUUCAGCAUUUUAUAUAAUCCAAACAAUGCAGGCAAAGAAAAGCAAGCCAUCUUGUUUUGUUACGGUAUUUGUAACACUAAUGCAUUGAAUUUUGUGAUGUGCUACAUUUCUGUUUUUUUCACAUAUAUGUCAAUUUUCCAUUCGUUCAUUUCCUUAAUCAGUCCCACAGUUCGUUAUAUGCAAUCCUGUAUACAUGUUAAAUGUUAUUUUUGUACAGUG